AUGCUCCAUGUAGCCGGGGGCUGGUUGCUCGUCCUGUUGCUCCAGGUCGUCGACACGAUGGACUUCUGCGAGUACUUUGCCCGCCUCGGCGUCGACAAGCCGGAAUGCCGAAAGCAAAUCCACUUCGACACUUUCGACCCGAACCCACGACCCGCACUCCACUCGUAUGGCGCAGGUGCUUUACGGAUCGUGAUUGCCGGGGAGCAGCCACGACGUCAUCGUCCAGAAGUGCCCUACCGGAUG